AUGCGAAUCUCAACCGUCGACCAGAAUAGAUGCUUCUACACGCCGGUCUUGUCGAGUAUAAAAGGCGACGGGGAGAAGUGCAGAUCAAAAGUUCUCCGAAUGGCACUUUCAAACAAACAAUACAGCCGGCUGGACGAGGGUAGGUCUCUCUCAUCAAACGUGGAGCUGAGUGGCUAGAGAAUGUGAUAUUCCAGCGAUGGCGCCUCCGAGAUCACUGUUCAAAACGAUCGUAUUCCUAGUUUUCGUCGGUUGCUCGUUUCUCUUCAUACACACUUUGAUGAGCAGAAGUGGCGACAGAGAGAACGGCCAAGAGUUAGCGUCGCCGACGUUCAAAGAAUUUUAUGAGUGCGUCUACCCAAAGCUGUACCCCCUCAAGGGUAACUAUGAAGAGGUAAUUCCUACAAUUCCUUCUUUUUGUCUAAUCGCAUAUUCCUUCAGUUCUGGUACUCGUUUGUCAACCUCACAAAAGAGUGUGAUAACUUGGAUGCAUUAAAGGCUCUGGAUAUUCGUCCUGUCGAGAAUACCGACGAGGUGAAGUAUGUGGCGUAUCCAAAAAAGGUACGUCAAAAUGUCUAGUCGAUCUAGUCUAGCUACCGUAGUCUAGAGAAAUGUUUACAGGAUGAGGACAUCACAAUGGUCACCCUUGGAGUCGGUCAUGACGUGGAUGCAGAGGUGAAGCUGAAGGAAUUGUAUCCUAAAACCGAGUUCUUCGGGGUAGACCCGAUCGGAGAGGGAAACAAAGACAUUUACGAACGAAAGUUGAACGGAACCUUCUUCCAAAUCGCUGUCAGUGGGAGUGGAGGCAUGUUCAAGUCGCAUGUCUUUAGAAGUGAGUCUUGCCGCAUCUCUCCUAGUUAUCACAAUAUCACCUGCAGAGGGUUACGGUAACGAGAUGACAAUGCACAUUGGCGCCGGAUAUUUCUUCGGCGAAAUGCUGCGAAAACCGAAGAUUGACGUGUUGUGGAUCGACACGGAAGGCCACGAAUACACUGUUCUGGAACUGUUACACCGCGGCGGCGAGUUUGAGAAGAGAGGAGUGAAAGUGUGUCAGAUGAAUGUGGAAAUGCACAAGGAUACGUACAAAGAGUCGCAGGGCGAGAAGCAGAAGUUCCAUGAUUUCGUCUGGAAAGUACUCGAAGACGGAAAGUACGUGAUGCUGAAACCGUUCUUUGUCUCUUGGAGGAACAAGGGAUUCAUUCGGACGUUCAUCGUCAAUGUCGCCGAUAAGCAGUGCACGGAUUUGUAUUUGAGCUAACUCUUUCUUGAGAUUGUUUGGAACAUCAGUGUUUUCGGGUACUAUUUGUUUGAUAAAUUAUUCACGAUUGCAGUCAAACUUGUGUCUUUUUGUUUAGCGGAAAGGAGCACAAGUUGCUAAACACUGAAUUUUGGCAACUGAGAAACAUUCAGCAGUCAUUAGUGUCUACAAUACUUGCAGGAAAUGAGGCUCCGACCAUAUUUAAGACUUUCCAAUUGCGAGUUCUUCUUCAAUACAAUCUUGCACCUGAUCCUGAAUGUCCCCCGUACAAAUUCUGAAUUCAGCUUCUUGUCUGCCCGCCCCCACACAUCUACCGUACCUUCUCACUAAUGUGUAGCCUCCGCGUGUCCAAUGAAACAAAUUGUGUUCCGAUACGGAAAAGCCGCGAUAUGUAUCUUCUGAAGAAUCGCUCAGAUUCCAAAAGGAUAUAAAGGAAAGGACAGUAGUGAGGCAAGAGUGUUUGAACAGAAUAAAUCGCUGACCCUCCCCCACCCGUUUUCAAUGGCCAUUCAGUUUUACAGUCGACUAGGACAUCCAUCGAAUCGAGCAUUCGCACUUCUACUUGCAGCUCUCCUCUGCUCUUUUUGGCUCUCGAUCUCAUUUCUACAAGACAAUGCUCUAAUAGAAGUACGAACUGCAUCACCAAUUUUCCAAGCGUACAACGAGUGCGUCUACCCAAAGUUGGAGCCAUUCAAAGGCAACUAUGAGCAGGUGAGUCUAUUUGAAUUCGUUUACGAAAACUCGAGGUGUCGAUUACAGUUCUGGCACUCAUUUGUGAAUUCAACGAAAGAAUGUGACGAUUUGGACGCCUUAAACGCGUUGGACAUUCGGGUAGUGGAGAAUCGAGAUGAGGCGAAGUACGUUGCGUUUCCGAAGAAGGUAAGCGAAUUUGGCAAAUAAGAGGGUUUGGUUGCAAGGCGUUCUUCAGUUUGAAUGUUCAGAACGAAGCCAUCACAAUGGUGACGCUUGGAAUCGGACAUGAUGUGAGUGCUGAGAUCAAGUUGAAGGAGGCAAGUCAUUUCCGUUAGCGCACAGUCGAUGACAAGUCGUAUAUUUCAGCUCUAUCCAAACACAGAGUUUCACGGAAUUGAUCCGAUUGAUGAGGGAAAUCGUGAUUUAUACCAGGACAAUUUGGGCGGAUCGUUCUAUCAAGUGGCCGCCAGUGGCAGUAGUGGCAUCUACAAGUCGUUCGUCUUCAGAGUGGCAUCUGAAAAGUAUAGUAGUGAGUACACACUUUUCGCUUUUAUACAUAGUCUAGCACUCUUCCUUUACUAUUAGACACUAUGGAAUUUUCUUACAGAAGGCUACCGAGACGAGAUGACAAUGCACAUUGGCGCCGGAUAUUUCUUCGGUGAAAUGCUGCGAAAACCGAAGAUUGACGUGUUGUGGAUCGACACGGAAGGCCACGAAUACACUGUUCUGGAAUUGUUACACCGCGGCGGCGAGUUUGAGAAGAGAGGAGUGAAAGUGUGUCAGAUGAAUGUGGAAAUGCACAAGGACCUGCACGAAGAGUCGCAGGGCGAGAAGCAGAAGUUUCAUGAUUUCGUCUGGAAAGUACUCGAAGACGGGAAGUAUGUAAUGUUGAAGCCGUUCUUUGUCUCUUCGUACAAAGGAUUCAUUCGAACGUUCAUCGUAAAUGUGGCGGAUAAAGAGUGCACGGAUUUGUAUUUGACACCUGAAUAA